AAGAUGUGUUAAAAGUUAACACAAAAAAUGUGUUGUCACAUACUUAACACAGUUUGUGUUGAUAUUAGCACAACAUGUGUUAAGAAGCUCAAAAUCUUAACACAUAUUGUGUACUGGACAAGUUAACACAACUGUGUGUUAUUUCAGUCUACAUGGCGGGAAUUUGCCCUUGCGCUUCUGCCCUGGUGAACCUGUGCAAAGCAGGUUUGAGCUUUCCCGCCGCAUUUGACAAAGGACUUGCAAUGGAGGCUGCUUCUCUUGGGAUGCACUACGACCCCUUGAACACACAAGACAGCCCACCCACCAGCAACAAAGUUCUUGUCACAGUAAUCAGAAAUGACAUAGAGGUGUCAAAAAGAGUCCUCAAUGUGACUGGGACAGCUGAUCUCAUAGAACAAACUCUAUCCCAGCAAAGAGACAGUGUAUUCCACCGGCUGUUAAAAUACAAUCCAGAGUUCAACGACUACAUUGAUGAUGAUGAUGAGCCCCUGAAGCACCUGGAUAGAUACCAAAUCAUCUUGAUGGAGGCUAAACAAAAUGAGGCUGAACCAUUGAAUGCAGGUGAAGAUCGUCAAAGUGGGCUAUUGGAGAAAGAGUCUCUAAGACAAACUGAUAGCGUGCACAGCUUUGAUGCUCCAGGUUUGGUGGCACUAAUCAAGAACAAAGCCCCAUCUGUUCUCGCUGAAUAUGAAAAAACUGGAACACUCUCUCUCACAUCCCGAAAACUCCUUGUAAGAACAGGUGUCAGCAGUCUGGUUGAGCGACGGGGAUUUUACCCCUCCAGUGCUGACAAGCUGAUGUUGGCUAAAAGCAUGAUUGCAGUCUUCCCAUCACUCAUGAUCAAGAUACAAGAAGAGAACAAAGGAUUUGAGCACUUAUAUGACCCAGUGUCCCACUGUGGAUUCAUUGAGAUGAAACUGAGGAACCUGCGGAGAAGCCUUCAUGAUGAUCAGAGACGCUAUUGCAAACGUAGGAGGUCCAGUGAGGGUUCUGCGGGAGCGGUAACAUUACAAGUAAUUGCAGAAGGAGAAGACGAAUCUACGCAAGAUUGGAUAACGGCCACCAAAAGGAUGAGACCAUCUCCCGAGAACCUUGCAUCCAUCAAAAUGGGCAUGGAGAAAACUUUCAACAACCGAAGGCUCUGGAUCACAACUCAGUCACCAACCAUAGAGGAGAUUUUUCAUCAGUACCCUCGCUUUGUAGAUCUGCCAUAUUUGUUUGAUGCAGAGUUUGCAAAAAUAUUUCCGGGCAAAGAAAAUCAAUUUCUUCGGAAAUGGGAAGGACAUAUUGUUCCCAAACUCCUGAAAGUGGCCAGACUGGAAAAUGAAAAUGAUCCUGAUGUUCUGUCAGCUGGUGAGGAGAGUGAUGAGUCACGUUGUCUCAGAGCUCUUAAGUCACUCACCAGUUUUCUACCUCCGACUGCAACUGGGAGGAACAAAGGCUGGUCCAAGUGCAGUGUGAAAUCAGCCUUGUCAUAUAUCCUAGAGGUGAAACAGACUGGAACAAGUAUCCCCAGCCUCUACCAAGAACAAACAGCAGGAGCAGCGGAAGUGCAACAACCAAAGCUUGUGUGUCUGGGAGAUCCAUGUUCAGCAGCACAAUAUAUUAUUGUGGCAAAGCAUGACAAAGUUGCCAUCCCUUUACAGGACGAAGGACUGACAUGUGCCCUGGACAAGCUGUUCAAAAUGUUGUGGGUCUGUAAUGUAGCCUAUCCUGUCCAACUUAACUCUGUGUAUUCUUUUAUUGAGCAUGUUUAUGACUUGCCCAUCUCAGGACCAAAGAGAUCAAAAGUUUUGGAGUUGAUUGCCAAGCUCCGUGCACUAGGAUAGAUUAAACAUGUACACGUGUCCCAAGUGCAAAAAGUCAAUUUCAAACAGUGUAAGGACUCUGAUCAGACAUCUUAGGCAAGUUCACGCAGUUUCAGAUGCACAGGAAUAUACAAUUGUAUGUAGUCAAAACCAUUGUCAGAGAACAUAUCAUAAUUUCAAUUCAUAUGCCAGACAUCUCAAUAGAGAACACAAUCCAGUUGCAAACCCACAACAUCUUGAACAAGUUGAUCUAAGUGAUGUGUUGGAGGAUGUUUCUGUGCCAUCUUGCAGUCAUGCCAUGGACACUUCUGAAACUACUUUGGAUGCUGAUUUGGACACUUCUAGGGAUCUUCAAUUUUCAAACCACCGUGAGUGUGCCGCAUCAUUUGUUGCUAAAAUGUACUCCUCAUCAAAUGCCACCUUGACUGAUGUACAGAAAAGCAUUACAUGCACCAAGGAACUACUGGACAAGACAUUGGACUCUUUAAAAGAGAAAACUGCAUCUGUUAUUAACAGCUACUCUAUAUCAAAUGAUGAUGAUGCUGUACAGUCUUUAAUGCAAGAUUUUGAAAAUGCACGAAAUAUGUUUUCAGAGGUCGAUACUCCCUACAAAAUGUGCAAAUAUUUUUCUGAAAAACACUCCCUUGU